GUGUGUGUAUAGAGUAGCGCUGUAUCAGUCACACUGUACUCAGUGAGAGAUCAGACCCCGAGAGGAACAAUGUCCAAGCUGCUGAAGAUUCUCCUCAUCGUACUGCCUGCAGUCCUGCACACAGCACAUGGAAAUUCCAUGGCUCUGCAAUAUUUGUGCAUCUGGAGUAAAGAGGAUCUCAGUGACAUGGAGUUCAUACAGUCUCGCAUCAUGAAUAAGGUUAAACUCCUAGAGUUUAACAGCACUCUGGGGAAGUAUGAGGGAUACACUGAGUUAGGCAUCAAAAACGCAGACAGAUUUAACAAAGACCCUGCAGAACUGCAAGGACAAAAAUCCAAUCUGGACUCUUUCUGUAAGAAUAAUGUUGGGGGUUACUACAACGCCAUCCUCAGUAAAACAGUUGAGCCCCAGGUUAAAGUGAAGUUGGUGAAGAAGUCAGACGGCACUCACCCGGCCACACUGAUGUGCAGCGCUUACAGCUUUUACCCUCCAACCAUCUCGGUGACCUGGCUGAGGAACGGGAAGGAGAUUGAGGGUGACGUGACGUCCACUGAGGAGAUGGCUGAUGGAGACUGGUACUAUCAGGUCCACUCCCAUCUGGAGUACAUGCCUGAAUCUGGAGAGGAGAUCUCCUGUGUGGUCCAACACGCCAGCUUCACCAAACCCAUGAACUACAAGUGGGACUCCUCGAUGCCUGAACCUGAUAAGAGUAAGAUUGCUAUCGGGGCUUCAGGGCUGGUGUUGGGGAUCGUGCUUUCAGCUGCUGGAUUCAUCUACUACAAGAAGAAAUCCUCAGGACGGAUCCUGGUGCCGACAUAAAUGCAGGUAGAGACUGACCUUGACUAGUUAGUUUACUGGAUUAGAGUUUAUUAUUAUUAUUAUUAUUAUUAUUAUUAUUAUUAUUUUGCAGGUCUCUGAGCAGAGAAACACUGGAGUGUUUGCUGAAAUGUCUUUAUCUGUUAAACAUCUGCUAUAUUCCUAAUAAUUUGUCCUUACUGAGAAAUGAGACGUUAAUAAGUGCAUCUGAGUCUGUAUUAUCCUUCACCUUCAUGUAGGACCAGCUUUAUGUAAGAUUUUGAUGAAACUGAUGUUAAAUAACUUGAUUUUAGGCUUUGUAAUAGUUCUGGAGUAGAAUCUGAGCUUAGAGACCACAUCCAGUGUGAAAUAAUGUACAACUGAAGGCCUUAUAAUGCACCUGAGAGAAUUCCUUUCAUUAUUAAAUCACCAUCGCCCCCUACAGUCUGCUUUAACCUGGAGCACUUUCUCAGUUUCAGUAACAGUUUAUUAUUUCAUACUAACAGAUCUGUACAUUUCUGGUUUUGUAUCAUCACUCACCUCAGUUUUAUUUUAACUGUAAGAACUGGAUUUAUUCUUGAUUCUGUGUGUGUGCUGACUCCUAAUAAACUUUUGGUUGUAAAAGAAAUUGAUGUAAAAAAUAAUUAAUCUUAAAUUAUAUAAAUGACUAUAAUCAGAGAGAUUUAUAUCAUUUAGUUCCAGUUAUAAAGCUGAUGAACUAAACGCAGGUUUUAUUAGUAAACGUUUAAUCCUGCUGUAGUACUGUGGAGUAAUCACUUUUGGGUUAUGAAUUUAUUUCAAGCUUACAUGAAGAGUCAGGACCAGUUCGGGGCGGGAACUUCAUUUCCUCUGGGGAAAUUUUUUUCUUUUUUUUCUUUUCAUAAGGCAUAAUAAAAUGAUUUAAAAAUGAAA